CCUCUUCCUAAACUGUCUGGAAUAACUUGGAACCGCGCUCAGCCGACUGUGCGCAGAUAGAUUGUCAUUGCUAGAACCAUUGCUCUCGCGUGCCCGCUUCCGUGUUCCAUCAAGUCGACGGGAAGAAACAGCAGCCAUGAGAGCCCAGGUUGGAUGCGGAUCUCUUCCUCGCGGAUCUGCAAUCAUGCCUGCCACAGCCUCUCUCAAUUAUCCGUACCCAGCUUCCAAGGUACGGCGCUGGUACCAGUACAAGUAGAACUCACACACACCCAAGUGACGUCCUCCAACGUUAGCCGAACCAUUUCCUUGACUCGCGGGCACCAUGUAGUAUACAAACUUCCCAACCCUCGCCCAUCACAGUGCUCACCCCCUGCCCCGCCGGCUUCCCAGCCCAACCAAUCACAGCAACGUACUUCGUCCACCAAUGAACGCACCACUCCCACCACGGUCCCGUCUGCAACGUCAUCCACCUCAAUUCCGAUCUUGCCGACUAGUCUCGGAUUCAUAUGUAAAUUCUCCGACCUGUUCUCGCCAUAUGUAGAUCUAUGCUGCAAGCCGCACGCGUAAGCGACGUUCCGUUCAAAGAACCCUUUCGUGCUGGAGGGGCGGUUCCGCAUCUGUACUGUGGUACUGUACUGUACCAGCGCCGCGACCCGCGCUCGAUCAACUCCUUUCUUUCCUCACGGCUGGGGUUUACCGCCACAGAUGUUUACUAUGCAGGUACUGGAAACUGCAGCUUCAGCGGAUGCGAUUCGAUUGUACUGUUGUAUACCCCAUCCCCUCGUGUACUGCGGUAGAUACCCAUUCGCUCCAUUGUUCAGUC